AUGGAAGUAAAACAAGAAGUCAGGGAGGGGCCGAGUAAAAUAGAAAUGUUUAAUAAUGAGGUAUGUGAUGCUCUUCCUGGUACUUUUAAAACUGAAGUUAAAGAAGAAUCCAAGGUCCAGUUAUAUACAGAUGAUAUAUUCAAUUACCUAGAUUUAAAGGAAUAUCCUAUAAAAACGGAAAUAAAAGAUAAAGCUCAAGCAAUUGAGGAGACUAUGGAAUUUAAAGUUGAAAUUAAAGAAGAGUUUAUUGAAUGUAACCAACAAGAUAUAGAGAGUCAGCUAUCAACAUCAAUAGAUAUGGACCACUUCAAAAUUGAACUAAAAGAUAACUCAGGUUUUUCUCAGAACAGAAUGGAAAUCAUUAAAUCUGAAUUUGGAUGUACUGCAGAUCAACAAAUAAGUGCAAACACUGAAGAAACACCGUUAAAAAAUUCAAUUUGUAAAUGUAAAAUUUGUUUUAAGCAAUUUAACCAUGCAGGUUCUUUGAAACGACAUAUGAAAAUACACACCGGAGAAGAACUUUACAAGUGUGAAAUUUGUUUAAAGCAGUUUACUGGAAGAUUCGAUUUGAAAAAUCAUUUGAGAGUGCACACUCGAGAAAAGCCUUACAAGUGCGAAAUUUGUUUUAAGCAGUUCACUCAGAAAAGUUCUUUGAAUGAUCAUAUGAAACUUCAUACUGGAGAAAAGCCUCACAAGUGUGAAAUUUGUUUUACCAAGUUUACUAGAGCAACUCAUUUAAAACGACACAUGAUAUUGCACUCUAAAGAAAAACCUUUUUAUCAGUGCGAAAUUUGUUGUAAGCAGUUUACUCACGAAUAUAAUUUGAAAAUACAUUUGAGUGUGCACUCUGGAGAAAAACCUUACAAGUGCGAAAUUUGUUUAAAGCAGUUUACUAAAGCACCUUAUUUGAAAAGUCAUUUGACAGUGCACACUGGAGAAAAGCCGUACAAGUGCGAAAUUUGUUUUAAGCAGUUUACUCGAAGAUACGACUUGAAAGGGCAUGUGAGUGCGCACACUGGAGAAAAUCCUUACAAGUGCGAAAUUUGUUUUAAGAAGUUUACUAGAGCCACUCAUUUAAAACGACAUAUGAGAUUGCACACUGGAGAAAAACCUUACAAGUGCGAAAUUUGUUUUAAGCUGUUUAAUCACGAAUAUAAUUUGAAAGUACAUAUGAGUGUGCACACUGGAGAAAAGCCUCAUAAGUGCGAAAUUUGUUUUAAGCAGUUUACUAGAGCAAGUUAUUUGAAAAGUCAUGUAAGUGUGCACAGUGGAGAAAAUUCUUAA